AUGUUACGAUUAUUGGUUAUCUGUAUUAUUGCUUUUGUUCAGAAUGCUGCCAGUCAAGCACUUAGGCCUGGCAUGCCUAACCAGUUAGGCAUGAACAGUCUUACAAACAACGCCCUACUUGCAAACAAUAUGGCGCUGGGACAAGAUAUUGCUGCUUCCGGUCUUUCGGCGCUUGGAAAUGGCAUAGCUGGUAACGCCAUAGCUGCUAAUGCUAAUGCGAUAAAUGCUAAUUCUGCAAAUGCUAAUUUAAAUAACCUUUCCAUCGGUGGACUGCCAAUCUCUGGAGUGUCACCAAUUGGUUACGGCGAUGUUGCCGUUGUGGGCGAAAUGCCCGUUGGUGGAUCUACAGCGGUAGUGGGUAAUGUGCCGGUAAUUGGUUUUGUGACAUUUGAAGGGAACAUCCCAGCUGGGGGCACAGUCACUUUGGCAAGCAAUUGCGGAUGUAAUGGAGCAGCUGUUUAUUAG